GGUGAAUAUUAUUGUUAGUGACACAUCAGCAACCUGUGAACGUCCAACGCAACUGCCACAACACACACUCAUAACCGAGACGUUCCAACAACGUCCGCAAUUCCCGAUGUAAUCCAAUCGAAUGCCGACCGCCGUCACACGUACACAGACUGCUUUCCCUCGGCCCUGUCUCCCACCAGCUACUGGCUAGUAGCUACAGUUGAAGGCGCGUAUCCCGUCUGUUUGUACGUGGCACCCGUUCGACGCAUUACAACUUCCAAGUGCUCCUGAGUACCCACGGUAAAACAAUGGCGCCUACCAAAGGCAGAAAGUCCGCGGCCAACAAGAACUCGCCCAUGUUAAGCCAUGAUUUCGUGAUUCAAAAUCAUGCCGACAUCGUGUCCUGUGUGGCUAUGCUGCUCGUCAUUGGGCUUAUGGUUCAGGUGACUACCUUACACCGACAAUGGGCCCGAUUUCAAUAAUCCGUGUCUACAGAUUGUAUUUACCUAUUUGUUUUUUUUUGUGUUACAGUUUACGUCGCCAAUAUCCUCGUUGUUUGUGGCCCUGCAAUACGGCCAAACCAGCGAUCCCAAUACAAAUGUCGUUUAUACAUAUGGUACGGGCCCAAAAGAUUUGUGUGCCGUCUUCUUCUAUUUUCUCAUUUGCAUCAUAUUCCACGCUAUCAUUCAAGAAUAUGUUUUAGAUGUAAGUGGCACGCUUUUUUUGUAUACACAAAGUUUGGUACUUUUUAAUUGAGGGGAACGCCAUUUUCAGUCAUUAAACAUAAUUUAUCCAUCCGUAACAGUAUUUUCUGUUCGUAAUAUUUUUUUUUUUUUUACAAAAGGUACACAGAGAAAUUAGUUACAAUGUUGUGCUGUAGAAGUAAAUAUAAUGAUUGCAUUUCAUUUUCUCGACAAAAUUGUUGUUUGGUUAGAUUGAAAUUUUGAUAAAAUUAGAAACUGAAAAUUUAGAUUGACAUUGAUACUGUUUUAAAACUAUAUUUCUAUGAUUAGUAAAAGUAACAAUAAGCUCCUGUUUUUAAUUAAUAUUACAAAUCAAUGAGUAAUUUAAAGUUUCUGUUUAUAUUUCCAAUAAUACGAUUUAUCGAGUGGUUUUAGAGUAGAACAAUGUAACGAACAUUAUAUAGCAAAAGUUUUUCUAGAAAUAUAUUUAAAUUAUCUUCUUCGUUAGUUUUACCGAACGUUUAUUGAAUUUUAAAUAAAGAAUAGGUAUAGCCUGCAAAAUAUUUUGUAUGUUUAACAAAUCACUUUUACUCAUAUAUCGAGAGACCCUUUAAAUUAUUUUUUUUUUUAUCAUACUUCACUUAGUAUUUGUAUUAGUCCAUUUAUUAUGUUAUAAUGUCUACUUGUUGAUAACAUACAUUGAUUAUGAUUUUAAAUUUAUAAUUUUUAUUUUCUACAGAAAAUUAGCCGUAAAUUACAUUUGUCAAAAUCAAAGAAUUCAAAAUUCAACGAAAUUGGUCAAUUGGUUAUAUUCUAUACAAUUUCAAUAAUUUGGGCAUUGGACAUUAUUGUGAAGUAAGAAUUGUAUUAUAAGUUAAUUCUGUUUUUUAAAAUAGAAUGUUACAUUUUCUUUGUUUAUAACUAGAAUAGUUAAAUAAUAUAUCAAAUUAUAUUUGUAUGAAAUGCUUUAUAGAGGAAAUUGGAUCACUGAUGUUACAUUAUUAUGGGUUGGUUACCCAAACUACAUACUGUCAUUCUCAAUCAAAUUCUUUUAUAUAAUCCAAUUCGCUUACUGGGCGCACAAUUUUCCUGAGCUAUACUUUCAAAAAGUCAAGAAAGAAGAUAUGUUUAAUAGAGUGAAAUAUUCCGUAUUAUACUUGGCAUAUAUUUCAUUUGUGUAUAUAACAAAGUAAUUAAGACACAUAUUUAAUAAAUUAAAGUUAAAAUUAUUUUAUUUUAUUUUAAUUUGUAUAUAUUUCAGCUUCCAUCGUACAGGUCUUGUAGUUUUGUUGUUAUACUACAUUUCUGUUUUUGUUAAGCUCGGUGUUACACUAGUAGACAUAACAGAAAAAGAAGAAGAUAGCCCAAAAGUCAAGUGUGAGUAUAUUACUUACCAAUGUGCAUCAAAAGAAAAGAAAAUUAAUAUAAUAUUAUGUUUUUAGUUGCACAAAAAGUGUAUCACUGGGUAUUUUCCCUUGUACAAAUAUCAAUCUUGUUGUUGUCACAAUAUAUGUGGUGGUUCGGUCUCAAAUUUGUGCAUUAUACUGGAGGUGCGCGAGACUUUAACUACGGCACAUUUAAAUUAGUAUGUUCGAUUGGUUCAUUGACUGUGCAAGCUCUGAUUCUUAAUGAAUUAUGUAAUGAACUAAAGUUUACUGGCAUCACUAUAACUAUUCCGCCUAGAAUAAUGAAGUUAUUACCUAAAUCUAAAUCUCGUAUUGAUAAUGCUAACAAAAAGCGUAAAAUCACAAGUAAGUGAUAAUUAACUUUAUCUUGUUGGAUUUUAAUAAUUUAUGUGGUAUUGUUUUCAAGGUAACCGAAAAUUCAACGAAUUGACAGAAGCUGAUCAGAACAUUAAGAAAACGUUAAAAACCGCAGCAAAGAAAGCAGCUAAGACUAAGGGCUCUAAAUAAUUUUAAUCGAUAUGUAUUGUGUUGAGUCUGGUGUAACUUAAUAUGGUUUAUCAUGUUUAACAAUCAUAUUUUGUGAUACAUUUGCGCAAGUCUAAUAAUAAUUAUUAUUUAUAAUAUUUUCUUCCUAUAUUAUCUAAGUAAAAUUUAUUUUUAUUUUACAUUACAAUGUUAUAUACUAUGUAUAUAAAGAGCUUUUUGAAUGUUGUGAUUUAUUUUAUUUAAAUCCUGUGUUGGUUUUUUUUUUUUUAAUCAUGAUAUAUUGUUAAAAUUUGAUUUUAUAUUUUAGAUUCUGAACACAGUGAGGAAUCUAUUAGUUUUAUUAUGUGUUUUUUUUUCAAAUUCUUUAUAAAUUAAUAUUUACUUAUAUUAAUAGAAAUCAAAUCAAUUCCUUUUAUAAUUGAAACAUAAUAUAUAAUAUUGUAUAUAAUAAUUAAGAGACCUAGACUUAUUGAAUAUUGUUAAGACACUAAAAAAAAAAAAAAAAAAUCAUUUACCCUUUAUACCAGAACAACUGAUAUAUACGAGUACAAAUAAUUAAUAUAGAGACUGUCAGAAUAUUCUUAUAUUAUUAUUGGUUAUCAAUAUUAAUAUUUGUGAUCAACAAUAUUACUGAGGCAAGGCGGAACAAAACUACUCACAGCAUAAUACACAUUAAAAGCUUAGUUUACAGAUUUAUUAUAUUCAUUAAUUUGAACUUACUACUUACAGUAAUGCCUUAGUAAUUGUCAAGCAAAAAUAACUAACCAUUUUUAUUUCAUUUAUUUAUUACUCUAUUAUAUUUUACUAUUAACUGCUAUUUUUGCCACAUUGAUAUCAUACAUUUCUAAUCAUAAUUAUUUUUCCGUGUGUAA